AAAAAAAAAAUAACGACCGAAAACGGAAAAACGAAAACGACGGCGUGCCCGAUUUACUUUCAUCAUCUAAUAUCUACAAUAAUGUAUUAAAAUGAGCUGUUUUUACAAGUAAAAUUAAAAUAAUCGGUAUUAUUAAGACAUUGUGAUAGUUAUUUACAUAGUGCGUCAUUUUUUAUCAUCAAAAUGAAGGAUCCCUUUGUGAACGACUCCGGUAUUGAUUCGCCAGCGAGAGAUAGCCUUAAAAAUAUUGAAGGAUGUUAUAAUAAGAAUUUAUUUAAAGGCAAAUCUUUUGCUAAUUCACGUCGUGCCUUGCAAUCUGGGGCUGAAAAAAUAUCAAGGACAUUUAAGAGCGUUCGAAAUACGUUCGGUAAUCUGUCACAGCAUUUUAGACUUGGUGGAAGACGUAGACAUAGGCUGACAGAGGCUAUAUCUCCGUGUCAUAUACCAUCAACUCCGGUUAACAAGAAGAAACAGGUACUAGGCAGGAGUCCCACAAAGCUCUACAGUCCAUUUGGCAUCGAAACACCUCACAGUCGUGAUUUUAGGAUGUCACCUUACAUGCCUGACACGCCAGAGCACGGAAUAUCACCUAAGAGACGUAAAGGUGUUACUCAAUCCUGGCACCUACUGGCCAAGAAAAGGCCUAGAGCUCUCUUCCAAUAACAUUCUAAUAAUUAAUAUUACACACAAAUAACCCACCGCUUAAUGUAAGUCUACUAUAAAACAAGCUUCGAUUACAAUAGUUUAAUUUUGUAUUAUUGGUGCUAUGAAGUUAUGUCGAACGCUUUAUCAAGAUGCUUUGAUGGAUGCUGGAAUGGUAGCUUGUUGAGUCGAGGACAGACUGAUAAUUUGUAUUGAAUAUAGGUGUCAAUUCUAAUGUAAUGACUUGAACAAAAAUAUAAUGUUUGCUACCAUUACAUUUUUGCAUAUGCAUUUAUGUAGGAAGUGGACUGUUUUAUGGAAAGACUAAAUUGUACUAGAAAGUUUAUUUAGUGACUUGUACAUCAGAAUUGACACUAAUAUCUAAUGUAUUUUAUACUAUAAUGUAAUAUGAGUGUUUGGUGACACUGUUUAUCUUAAUAUACAACAUUGUUAAGAUAUAAAUUAUUCAAAUUGUGCAGGUUAAAAUAUUAAUCUGCAAGUAUUU